CGCAGCAUCCCUCUCUCCUCAAUUUCUCUUUUCUCCUAAUCUUCUCUGAAAAUGCGUGAAGUCAUCUCCGUGCACGUUGGUCAGGCUGGUGUCCAGAUCGGCAAUGCUUGCUGGGAACUUUACACCGUCGAACAUGGCCUCAGCCCUGAUGGUCGCCUGCUGGAAGGGUCGCCCUCAACCAACGAUAGUGGCUUCAGCACUUUCUUCUCGGAGACCGCAUCGGGCAAACACGUGCCCAGGUCGCUUUACAUCGACCUUGAGCCCAACGUGAUCGAUGAGGUUAAGGCUGGUCCCUACCGAAGCCUCUUCCACCCCGAGACCCUCGUCACUGGAAAGGAGGAUGCUGCCAGCAACUAUGCCCGUGGCCACUACACCAUUGGCAAGGAGCAAAUCGACACCGUGAUGGACAAGGUUCGCCGUCUCGCAGACAAUUGCAAUGGCCUUCAGGGCUUCUUCGUCUUCCACUCUUUCGGUGGUGGAACUGGCUCUGGUUUCGGCGCCCUCAUCCUUGAGCGACUCUCUACCGACUACGGCAAGAAGUCCAAGCUUGAGUUCAGCGUCUACCCCGCUCCUACCUUGGCCAACUCCGUUGUUGAGCCCUACAACUCCGUCUUGACGACCCACACCACUUUGGAGCACUCUGACUGCUCAUUCAUGGUCGACAACGAGGCCAUCUAUGACAUCUGCAAGAAGAACUUGAACAUCGUUUCUCCCAGUCUCACCAACUUGAACCGAUUGAUUGCCCAAGUCGUCUCCUCCAUCACCGCUUCAUUGCGAUUCGAUGGCUCCCUCAACGUCGACCUUAACGAAUUCCAGACCAACUUGGUUCCUUUCCCUCGCAUCCACUUCCCUCUCGCCACCUUCGCUCCCAUCAUCUCCGCCGAGAAGGCUCACCACGAGCAGAACUCUGUUGCCGACAUGACCUUCUCUUGCUUCGAGCCUGGUAACCAGAUGGUCAAGUGCGAUCCCCGUGAGGGCAAAUACAUGGCCUGCGCUCUCCUCUACCGUGGUGAUGUCGUGCCCAAGGACGUCAAUGCUGCUGUCGCCAUCAUCAAGACCAAGCGAACCAUUCAAUUCGUUGAUUGGUGCCCAACUGGCUUCAAGCUCGGUAUCUGCAACGAGCCUCCCGCCCAUGUUCCUGGUGGUGAUCUCGCCAAGGUCUCCCGCAGCAUGUGCAUGUUGUCCAACACCACCGCCAUCUCCAGCGCCUGGAGCCGACUUGACCACAAGUUCGAUCUCCUCUACUCUAAGCGUGCCUUCGUCCACUGGUACGUCGGUGAGGGUAUGGAGGAAGGUGAAUUCUCUGAGGCCCGUGAGGAUCUCGCUGCUCUUGAGAAGGAUUACGAGGAGGUUGGUAUCGACUCCGCUGACGUCGAGGAGGUCGAAUACUAGUUUGUCUACUUCAUUUCGAUGAUUACUCUUUGCUAUACUUUUUCACGACCUUCAUGUUAUUACCUGUUACGUUUCUCUUUUUGGUGGAUUUUCAUGACUUCAUAAUGGAAACGUAAUAAUACCCUGUCCUAAUGCAUUCACAUUUUAUA